GGUUGGAUGUUGCCUCAUGUUUUUGCUGAAUUGGGUCAGUAUUGGAAAACAGACAAGUUUAAGGCAAUAUCAGAUCAAGCCAAAAUGGCUAGAGGCAGUCUUAAAGGUGGCUCGUUGCACACCGGAGGUGCAAAGACGGUUGGAACAAUUGCACGAGAGAUGGAAAAAGAAUUGGGACGCACUCCCAUUGAACCAGAGGUUUUCAAAAAGACUCAUGUCAGGAAGAAAGAAAAUGAGUCAGAUCCGGAUGUGUGGGUGGAGGAAAGGGCCAAACGAACUUUUAAUGACUUUAAUAAGUACGUUGCUGAGAAUCUAGAUAGUUCGGUUCAAUUGACACCUGAACUGUCCACUCAGAUUUGGAAAGAAAAAGUGAUAGGGGGGACACACAAGGGUAGAUGCUAUGGUCUAGGCUCUCGCAACGAUGUUAGACGCCUUCAGUCAGGCUUAGAAGGUAUUGGAUCGUCACGUCAAGCUGAGGCACUUGACGGUGUUCAGAUUGCUGCUAAGUCGGAUCAAAUAACUAAACUUACAGCGGCACUACCAGAGUCGGAGCGGAAAAGAGUAGCUGAACAACAAAGCAUGAGUAAGACCGUUCAGCAAAUCAAAGAACAAGUGAUGAACCUCGCUCGUCGACCUACUACUUCGGCUCCCGAUGACACCGACGAUGAGAGUGAUGAGGAUGAUUAUGUAGAUCUCACUCCCUAGUUUAGAUCUCUGGACAUUUAUGAACUUUUUGAAAUUUUAAAACGAAUUUUAAAAAACUUUAUAAGUCUUUAAUUUAGGAUUUAAAUACUUUUGAAUGUUAUUUUAAGUUUGUUA